ACACUAAGUCGUUAGGGGAAUUGGCUUAGUGUCUCAUCCCGUCCAUCCCUGGAUUCCGGCGAGUCAGAGAGAGCGACCGACGGUGACAGUCGCUGUUGCGGACCUGAUCCGUGGACGAUUUUAAUUUAACCAAACAAAUAAUAAUAAAAAGAAAAGGAGAAAAAAAAUUACAGAGGAAAGCUUGCGGCCUGGCCUAGCCAUUGAUUAUCGUUCCUUUCUUGCUCUUAUCGACCGACAUGGACCCCAACGUUCCCGGCUUCCCUUCUGCGAUGCAGCAGACCGCGGGUUUUUCUGUCACUUCCCAAAGUCCACAGCAGUUCCCGUACUAUUCGAAUGCCAUCCCAUCCUUCCCCCAGCCCAAAUCCGCGUCUCAUCCUCCACCGCAGCAACAGCAGCAGUCUACUUUCGGUGCCGUGCCCAUGCAAGCCGGUCCCAGUGGAGCAAUGAUGCCGUCCGGCUUCCCCCAGCAGUCAUCCGGACCCCACGCCAACUUCUCUGCGCCAUUUGCCCAGCCACCUGUGCCGACGUCUAUGGGCCAGUUUCUUCCUCAGGCGACCGCGACAUCUACUCUCCCUGCGACCACCGCGCAGUCGUUUCCUCCAAACAUGGCUUCAAUACCCGCGACCAACAUGAUCCCUGCGCAACAGCAACGGCCAGUGCCUCAGCAGGCACCACUGCAGAGCACCGCCCAACCGGCUGCCCAGUCACCUGCAACGGCCGCGCGGGAGAAGGCUCGCGUGUCGACUCUCUUGGACAUAAACUCAAUGUUGCUGCAGGAGGUCAUGAACCUUCAGGCCGCGGGCAAGGCUGGCGGGCCUUCGCAAGGGUCGCAGGAAUCAAACCCAUCACCUGGAUCUGACCAGAACCCCGAUAAGCCGAAUCAGCGGCCGAGUCCAGAGUACGUCGAGUGCAUGCGUCGGUUACAAGCCAACUUGGGCUAUCUCGCAACCAUUGCCGACCGGGCCAAGAAAUCAGGAGGCGUUCCCCCUGCCGCACCCGCUAUCAUGUCGCCGCCUCCGAAUAUGCCUUCAAUGAAUGAGAUCUAUAGCAAGCUCAACGAGCUCUUCCCUCGCAACGCACAAGGUGGCGUAGGAACUCCCCAGCCCAGUCCACAGGCACUGCAGGGCAACGGCCGGCCCAGUCCGUCUCCAGUCGUGGAAAGCGUCGUUUGAAGAGUCUUGUCUCCGAGAACAAAGCGAUGACGAAUUGCGGAUACGUGCGAGGCCCUUGGGGACUUGAGCAUAUAGAUCAAAGAUCGAAAGCCUAUCAACUUGCAUGCUCCUGCCGAUACUUCCAUGGUCGCAUCAGUUUCUUGCUAUGACUGGCUGUUAAUGUGGUGAUAUCGCCCUACAAAGUACACACAUAUCCUUCACUGGGUAUCGCAAGCGGAAUUAUCGCUCCAUACUUCUGCUUUCUCAAAUGACCCUGAGAUGGGAUA